UUCUUCAAUGACCCACGUAUUCCUUCCUUCCCCCUCCUCACCUCUCACCCAUCUCCCCCUUUCCCAGGUACUGGAGAGAGUGGGAAGAGCACCUUCAUUAAACAGAUGAGAAUCAUCCAUGGCACAGGCUACUCAGAGGAGGACAAGCGUGGCUUCACCAAGCUGGUGUACCAGAACAUCUUCACUGCCAUGCAGUCUAUGAUCCGCGCCACAGAGACCCUCAUGAUCCCUUACAAAUAUGAGCACAACAAGGUAAGGAGGGAGAGGGAAAGAACUGAAGUUGUGGGAAAGAGUGGGAACGAAACCUGUGUGAGUGCAUGUGCGAGAGAGAGAUGUGUUAGAGUCAUCUCCUUCUUAUGCUCACUAUCAUUCAUAGUCAUGGAACAGCCUUCCACAAUCACAUCCUGUCUGUUUUGGUACUUCCUGUGUCUUCCUGUCACUCUCAACCCCAUCCAUGUCAUCCUGCCUGUUUGUGUGUGUGUGUGUGUGUGAGAGAGAGAAAAAUAGUCAUCUGGUGUACUGAGGUCAUAUUUCUCGGUUUCAGUUGUCUGCGUAGACUGAAACUGCUCAUAUGAAUUCCUCUUCUUUGGUUAAGACUGGUGCCCCUUAUCCUUAGUCUAAUUCUGCCUAUUAUUUUGGUUACAGAGAAAAAAGAGGUCUCAAAAGUAAAGUCUAGAACUGCAGGUAAUUCCACAUGACUGUCCAAUCGAGGUACUGAGACCUAUCAGUUAUUGACUGGCCAUGUCUUAUAUGAAUCACUAGGCCUCGUGUGACAUCUGACCAUGCAGUCUCAGGUUGUUAUUAGAGGAUAGGGUUGUUCCCUUAUGUAUGUUACUUUGUAAAUAUGUUGUUCUUUAGUGUUCGUAUAGUCAUCACAAGUUUUAAGUGGCCUGUAUUGUAUAUGAAGCCUGUUGUAUUUUCCUGGUGUGUUAUGUUGGCUUAAUGAUUGGAUACAUUCAACAGGGGGCAGUAGCAUGUCAUUCCCAGGUUGUCACCAGGCAAAAACAAUCACUACCUUUUGGGGUUUUGGUGUACAGGCUACUGUAGAGAUAAGUAAUGAGUUGAGGCCAGAUAAUGAAGUGAAGCCAGUCAUGUGACUUGUGGGGCAUUCAAAAUCCAUCAUUUAACAUUUUCUAAAUAACAGUAUAACUAAAUACUGCUGGAGUUGAGCUAGGUGGGCUAUGUGAUAACUUCAUAUUAGGCCCUUAGAGUCCUCUGUGGAGCGGCAUAUAGUGAAAAAAAUAGGCUGUGUUCUUUUUUUGCAGUUGCAUUCGCUGUGCAUCUCAGAAUAUUACUAUAUCAUAUUAAAUUGCUUCCUGUGACGUUAAUUAAACACCUAUCCAAGUGUCGUGAGAUCUGAUCAUCUGCGCAUUACGACUGUAAAAUAGACCACCCAGAACAUUUUACAUUUACAUUUUAUUAAUUUAGCAGAUGCUCUUAUCCAGAGCGACUUACAGUUAGCGAGUGCAUACAUUUUUCAUACGGAACGUGGCCAUACUCACCGACAGGAUUGCCUGCCUGUGCCUGGGUUAUGCUUUAGUCCCAUUUCAGACUCACAGAACCUUGAAUUGAUGCCAUUGAAUUUAUAUAUUUGUUUCUGUCAACUAAAAGUCUGACCUGGAGGAGUGUCUCAAUCUGUUUUUUCUUCCCUCCCUCAGGGCAACGCUAACGUGGUACGAGAGGUGGACGUGGAGAAAGUCAACACGUUUGUGAACCCCUACAUAGACGCCAUCAAAUGUUUAUGGAAUGACCCGGGCAUCCAGGAGGCUUACGACAGGAGACGGGAGUACCAGCUAUCGGACUCUACCAAAUAGUGAGUAAAUGAGAUCUAACUCUACUACUACUACAUCACAUUUCCCCUCCUCCUAGGCAGUGGGCACUCACAAUAUACACAAUCUUUUUUUUGUCUCCAUAGUUACAUGAAUGCGCUGGACCGGAUCGCAGAGACCUCUUACCUGCCCACUCAGCAGGAUGUGCUGAGGGUUAGGGUCCCCACUACAGGCAUCAUCGAGUACCCCUUCGACCUCCAGAGUGUCAUCUUCAGGUAUGCCAACCCUCAAUCUCACUGAGCUAUUCUAUUCUAUUCUAUAACUGACACACUGAGAGUGAGGUUUGUCUCUGUUUUCACACUAGGCACUGCUUAUAUGUAGCCUUCAACUUCCAUACUGAUGUAGUGGGGAGAACACACCAGAGGGUGGCGCUCUAUCAAUUGAUGUUAUAUUCUUAGGGUAUCUACAGUACAGGCUUGCAAGUUCACUAUAGCUCAUUCUUAGAUAAACAUGUGUAACAAUGGUUCCAUUGAAACAGUAGCUCAUGCCUUGCUUUACUGUGGGUUAUACAACAACGUUAGGGGUGAUCUUUUUCGUGACCUGUCCAGACCAAAUAAUUAUUUUAACGGUGGAUAAAAAUGAUAAAUUGUGUGAAAUUUAUCAGGUAACAAUCAUGUAAAUAAUAUGGAUGGUAUUUUGUUUUUUGAUGACGCCUGUACCAUGUUUGACUAUGUUUGUUUCUUAGUAGCUCAAAAAGCAAUUUGAGUGGUCCACAAUGUGGUUAAAAAAAAAUCUGUAUUUUCUAUUAUUGUAUCAUUGUGGAGUGACACUUAAAUACACUUUUCAAAAGUACCUACGACCGCAGCACAGCUGUGAUAAAAAAGUAGUUUAACACAUCCUCUCGUGUACAGUUGCUUUAAAAUGAGUCUCAAGCAUGUCUUUUUGCUAUAAAAAUGCUAGCAGUUUUUUUACACCAAAAUGCCACAUUUUAAAUGAAACAAUGAUCAUCUAGCAAACACGAAUAAGACCUACACUAUAUUCCAAUGCCAACUGUAGUUGUACUCUACUCAUCUGUGCUUGAUGUUGUUACUCUAUUCCAAUGACAGGAUGGUGGAUGUGGGAGGUCAGAGGUCAGAGAGGAGGAAGUGGAUCCACUGCUUUGAGAACGUCACAUCCAUCAUGUUUCUGGUGGCACUCAGCGAGUAUGACCAGGUGCUCGUAGAAUCCGAUAAUGAGGUGAGCUUUGUUGUUAACAACCGUACAGUAUGCAGGGCUUGA